UAAAAAAUCUUGAUUGAAUAUUACAAGACUUUUUCAUAAUUAAAUUUUUUUUAAAAUCUCAUAGAAUCCUAAUCCAAUACAUCCCCUUAAAUAACUCAUAUUUUUAAAUUGAUAUUGUGACAUGAAAAAAUACAGAGUUCCAUUCUAAUCCAUAGUCCAAAGCAACAAAGACGAUCCUUUUGAAUCAACUUUAAUCCAUUCCUUCAUCUUCAACACUGUACUUCGAUCUCAAAUUUCAACAACAAAUCAUCGCAAUCUUCACAGUCACCAGCAUACUUGCCUCUCAUGACGAAUUCCGAUCCUCCACCGCAUUCAAACUUCGGCGCUCCAACGUCUCUCCUCCUUGAUGAACUCAUCGUGGAAAUCCUAUCACGCCUUCCUGUCAAAACUCUUAUGCAAUUCAAAUGUGUUUGCAAAUCAUGGAAAACCCUAAUUUCUGAUGAUCCCGUCUUCGCCAAAUUUCAUCUUCAUCGAUCGCCACGGAACACCCACCUCGCAAUACUUUCAGACCGGUCCAUCACCGAAGACGAGACGGAUUGCAGUGUCGUGCCCUUUCCUGUAACUCAUUUGCUCGAGGCUCCGUUAAGCAUCAUCCUCGAUCGGUACCGGUUGAGGUUUGUGCACAUUCCUAACGAUCCUUCCUACCUAUUGAGUAAUUUGUAUUGCUGUAUCAUUAUUGGUUCCUGCAAUGGGUUGCUCUGUUUGCGCAAUUAUGCUUGGACAACAUUGCAGCCAGAACAACAUUGGUUACGUUUUUGGAACCCAGCCACUAACACAUUAUCUCAAAUAUUAGGGUGUUUAAAUAAGUUUUUCAGGUUAACGUUUGGAUAUGAUAUUUCAAACGACGAUUAUAAGGUGGUGGCUUUUUCCGUGAACGAGGUCAAAGUUUUUAGUUUGAGAGAUAAUGUUUGGAGAGAUAUUCCAAAUUUUUCCGUUGUUCCUUUUGACAUUGAGGUUGGUCCUUGUCAUCCAUAUGUGAAUAACGGUGUGUAUGUGAGUGGCACUAUUAAUUGGUUGGCUAUUCGAAAUAAGACUGAAUAUGAAAGGAAUGAUAUUUCAAUCGAGCAAUUUCUCAUUUUAUCACUUGAUCUGACUACGGAGACAUACCGACAUUUGCUGCCAUCGCAGGGAUUUGUUGAAGUACCACCGGUUGAGCCAGCUGUUACUGUGUUGAUGGAUUGUCUAUGUUUUUCUCACCGUUUCAAGGAGACCCAUUUUGUUUUAUGGAUGAUGAUGGAGUACGGAGUUCACGAGUCUUGGACUCAAUUCCUCAAGAUUAGUUUUCAGGACCUUCAAAUUGAUUAUGGCAUUAGUGAUUCACUGGAAUAUGAUGGUUCUCAAUUGUUCUUGUAUCCAUUGUACCUUUCCGAGAGUGACGGCACACUUAUAAUGGCAAGCAAUCAACAAGGCUAUGACGGUCAUGACAACCAUGCAAUUCUCUAUGAUUGGAGAAAUAAAAGGGUUGAGCAAAUUACAUCUGUUGACGAUGAAAUAUUGUGGUUUCAUACCAAGGCUUAUGUUGAAAGCUUAUUUUCAACCUUUUGAGAGACGAUGACCUUAACUUCAAGCACUUUUGGCAUUAUUGAUGGUCGAUGCACGAUGGUAGGAAGAAAUGGAAAAAAGAGACUUAUUGGAGCUGCAUUUUCUUCAGUUUUAGUACUCUUGUUGUAUAACACAUUUUGCCCUCUUGAUGCCUCUUUUGGACUUCUUUGAACUGUUGUGGAAAUUUACCACAAUAUCUGUGUUGUUUUGCAACAGUACUCUUGUUUGUGUAAGGGCUAGUGGAAGUCUCUAACUGUUUGUGGAGUAUAUUAGUGAUAUUUUUGUAGUUGCAUAAUAUUUACAUUUAAUAAUAUAUCAAUUUCAUGGUUGGAUGA